AGCUUCACUAUGAAAAUCAAAACACUUACGAAAAAGUGAUAAAGCGAGAGGCCAAUCUCUACAACAUAUAGGUCACCCUUCACUUGGAGCUCAUUUGCCUUGCAAAUACUGUAUUGUUACUUGCUGGGUCCCUCCCUGCUCACUUAAAUGACUUAACUCCACCCCGAAAAAGAAGAACUUUUCUGACCUGCUGGAGGAGAGGCAGAUCCUGACACCAUGGGGCCUGUCAGCUACUCAUCAGAGACCUACGACUUGAGCCAGGUGGAGCUGAGCGGUUACUACGAGGCUGAGAACAGCACUCCUUCUUUGGAAGGCUACUUUUGCUUCAAUCCGGCCUCAUCUGUGGUUGGCAACCAGAGAGACCCCUUCAGGAAGGUCUUCAUACCGCUCGCCUAUCUGCUUAUGUUCGUGUUGGGAACUGUGGGCAAUGCCCUGGUCCUUGUCAUUUUAGAGAGGUUCAAACGCUCUCGAACAACCACGGAAAACUUCCUCUUCCACCUCACCCUGGCCAACCUGGCACUGCUGCUCACCUUCCCCUUCAGCGUGGUUGAAAGCCUGGCUGGGUGGGUAUUUGGGACUUUCCUCUGCAAGAUCCUCAGUGCGGUCCACAAGAUCAAUUUCUACUGCAGUAGCAUGCUGCUGGGCUGCAUCGCGGUGGACCGCUACUUGGCCAUCGUGUACGCAAUCCACACCUACCGCAAGCGCAGAGCUCGCUCCAUCCACCUCACCUGCAUGGCCAUCUGGCUCUCCUCCCUGCUCCUGACCUUACCCGAUCUCAUCUUCAUGGAAGUCUGGACAGAUGAGAGCAACCGCAGCAUUUGCUAUUUUCCAGAGGCUGGGAUUCAUGGCAACAACGUGUGGCUGGCAACUCGCUUCCUGUACCACAGCGUGGGUUUCUUCAUGCCCCUGCUGGUCAUGUGUUACUGCUACAUGGCCAUCGUCCGCACUCUGUGUCAUUCCCAGCGCCUGCAAAGGCAGAAAGCUGUCCGUGUAGCCAUCCUGGUCACCGGUGUGUUCCUGCUCUGCUGGAGCCCGUACCACAUCGUCAUCUUUCUGAACACCCUUACCAAGCUAGAAGCCUUCACCAAGAACUGCCUGCUGGAGGAUCAGCUGGACACCGCCAUCAUGGUGACGGAGGCCAUCGGCUUCACGCACUGCUGCCUCAACCCCAUCAUUUAUGCCUUUAUAGGAGUCAAGUUCCGUAAUGACUUCUUCCGUAUCCUGCACGAGCUGGGCUGCAUAAGCCAGGAGACGCUACAAGAGAUCCUAGAGGUGACAAGGAAGGGCUGCGGAAUCGAGUCUGACAACACCACCUCUAUCUCCACUUUCUAACUCAGAAAGGUUGCUGCAGGACCGAAAUGGCCUGCCCAGUAGUGUAUGUGCUGUGUCCCAGUCCUAAGUUUUACAAGUGUCCCCACCACUCUCUUCAUUCCUUGGGAAACCGAGGCCACCUAACACCCAAAUCCCACCGCAUCGCUUCUGUGGUUCCUUCUGGUUCACAUACGUACCAAAAUCUGUCUGGCAGCUGUUGGCAAAUGCCGACUGUCUGAUUGUCACUCUGGCAGGGAUGGAGGAACCAAAGCAGGUUGAGCCUGUUGUUGCCACAUCUCCAUCACCAAACUGACUGCAGGAGUCCUGUGCACAGAGCCAGAUGCAAGACUGAGUCAUGGGGCGGGGGGGGAGGGCAGGAAAAACGCACAGCCAAGUGGAAGUGGAGCUGCAUCAGUGAGUGAGGGCUGAGGAGAGGACAAAGCAGGUUCCCAUCUCACCUGCUCACAUCACUGAAGACAUGCCCAAAGGAAGCAGUGGGGGACAAUUGCCAUGGUAGCUAGAGCAAGAGAUGCAGGUAAGACCAUCAGGGUACCCAGAGCUCAUCCCAGUGACAAAGGCCACACGGUCUGUGGAUGGAAUAUUGCUCCUCCUGCUGCAUGACGUCCUGCCAUCCAGUCACAGCACAUCGCUUUUCCCAGCACAGCUCACCCCAGGAGGCCUUGGACUCGAGUUUGACUGCUGCAAAUUCCUCUCCUGACAUCAGCCACAUCCUUCCCUGUUCACUUGAUUUGUUCACAGCGACAGUGAGCGACUUGCUGAAGCAAAUGCCUGAGUAUGCAAAAGCUGUCUUUUAAAGAUGACUGUCUGAACAGAUGGCUCAGUCUUGUGACUGAGCACGGAGAAAAUGAACCACACAUCUUUGUGAGGCUGAAGGUGUAACCUUUUUUUUUUUCCCCUUUUUCCUUUUGCAGCUCCUUGUACAUCGCUUUGUGCAUUCUGCCCCACACUAUGGUAAAACAUAGGAGAAGACCUAAUUUGUAUCAGUUCUGUUUGUUUUCAGUGGGCUGAGAGGCAGUGCUGCAUUUUGCUUAGAACCGUGCUUUCAGAUAUCCUUGCUCCACCUGCACACACAGGGCCUUUGGGCAUGGGGUGCAUCCAAUAUCCAGGUUCACAUAGAAAAUCCCUGCACCAUGGGCAUCCAGCAACAUCAGCAACUGAUCCAAAACAAGAGUGGCAGCUUUGUACCAUCGUUAAUGAUGGCACUGCAAGCUGGCACGCAGGGCAGCCCCAACAGACUUGUGCAGCUUGCUGCUUCCUACUAAGUCUUGUCAGAGAAAUGUAUCAGCAGGUACACAGGGUUGCUUCCUUACAUUUUUCUCAUUAGCCAAGCAUUGCUUUGGCCUCCACUUAAUGACAGUCACACACACACUGUCAAACGAGAAUGACCCCAACCACUGGAACACAUUACAAUCUGCUGUUCUGCUCACCUCACUGCUUAUGCUUAGUUGGCACAAUACCAGUGUUGCCACUGCAGGAGGCAUUUUUGUGUCUAAAUCACCAUAUCCUCACCAUAUCUUGUCACCCUGCAGACAGCAGGGAUCGCAGAGUGGGUCAGGUCAGACUAUCCCAGCUGAGGCAGAGGUUCUGAAUGAGCUGCUUACAGAUUCUGUCCUGACAAGGAAACUCCUGAAAUGUAAGGCAUUCACAGAAUGAACAAUCCCCCAGGGCCCGGCCCAGCCCUGCAGAGCAUCUCCCACAGCAGCACGCUGCUUCCUAUUCCCCGUGAUGCCCAGGGGACGUCACUGGGGAGUUUUAGCAGAGCACCCUGCCCCACACAGCGGCCGUGGGGCCGUGACAGGCAGCAGAGCGUGCACAAAGCCAGUGAAUGCAUGAAUGAACGCGUGCCUGGGAGCUGCAGAGCUGGGGCUCCCCACCCGCCCUCGUGCAGCUCGCUGUGACUCACGCAGGGUUUCAUUUUCCUUAUCAAGAAGAGGACCUGCGUCCUCACAAUGAUGCCCCAGUGCUCGCAGCUGGGCCCCACGCCGUCACCCACCGCUGCCCAGGAGGGGUGGCUGGGAGCAGGUGUGCGCAAACAGCGCUGGACGGGAUCUGCAGCAGCAGGGAACAGAGGAAAAUGAGGCUGUUUCUCACUGACAGCAGUUGAAGAAGAGCUGCUUCAAGCCACAGAGGCGAGAGCAGCCAUGUCCGACACACAGCCCCACAUCGUGGUGGCAGCUCUGCCCCACACCGCUCUGUGGGCUGAGACCAGGCCGUGGGGCUUUGGCAGCACAGACGUUUGUGAGCAGCCACGUUCAGAGAUGAAGCGCAGAAAGAAGAGAAAUAUUUCAUUGAAAAUCUCUGACCAACACUGUGAGACCGCUGCCCCAAACCACAGUGGUGCCUUAGCUUCACAACAAGGUCACAUAGCCCACCAGUCUGAUGGCUUUGUUGCCCUUUUUACCAUUUUAAUAAAAACAUUAAAGAUUAAAAUAAGCUUCGUUACUUACAUACAUUGACUACAUACUGUAUUCUAUGAGGGCUGCUCUGAAAGUAAUGCCUCCUGUUUUAUGAUGUCAGCCCACCACAUCAGAGGCGGAUGCUGGUGGUGCAGCAGUAGAGGUGGAACCUUCCCACCAAGAUCCAUUGCAUGUUGUUGCCAUGUGACAGAAGGCAGCAGAGGGGCAGUCGGACACAAUGGUGUCUGACAUGGAAGUGAGGAUGAAGCAAAGGUGUGGAAUGGAAUUCCUCCACGCAGAAAAAAUGGCACCCACUGACGCUUGGUGAAUGUUUCUGGAGACCAAGCAGAAUGCAUAGCUCAUAGUAGGGACUGUGUUGGAAAAAUAGCAUGUUGUAGCUGAGAAUUUGCUCUAUCAAGCAGUGUUACUGUGCUCACUGUAUCAACUGCAGUUUACAUGGAAAUAUAUAGGAGGCAUUACUUUCAGAGUGACUUAUGGACAUGCAGCCCAGGGAAGCCAAAAGGUUGGACACUACUGGUGGUACAGCAGAGGAUGGGACAGAACAGCACAGCCCCGAUUUAGGCAGCAAAAUCCUCCUUAGGACAAGGAACCACAGCGAGCUGCGCGGUCGGGCCAUCCACUCCAUGCAGACUAUGGGAAGCACCUCCUGCUGACUGCUGAGAGCACAAUUUCCCAGCAGGGAAGCUCCAGCUGCGGUGAACAACCCUGCAGGACAUCACACAGACCACGGACGAGAGGCAAGAGGUCAGGUUUUGAAAUUUGUCUUUUUAAUAAAAAGGCACCUAUAAAACAGGUCAAUACAUUACAGGCAGCACAGAUACCCAAAAACAAGCCUAAAAAUUGUUUCAAAUAAAAACCAAUAAGAUGUCUUCACAUAUUGUAUUUAUAUAUUUAUAUUUAUAUAUAUAUUUAUAUAAUGGUACAAAAUGACUGGGGAAGUUUCUCCAUGGGAUGAUAGAGAACAGGUCAGUCACCAUUACCUCAAUGUGAAAGCUAAUUCCAGGUGCUUGAUUAUUGGACUGCAAAAUGCUGUUUCCCAAUGAUUACUUUUUGGAGCUGAAAAAACAUUGCAACGUCAUGGUUAAAACAUGGGCAAACCUUUUGCUGUGAUUAGGUGGAGUCAGUACACAGAACUCAAGCUGAGAUGCUGAGCAACAAACUACGAGACAUGAGAACAGACACAGCUCACAGCAGCGGGCAACCAGCUGAAGGCAAUCUGCCCCGGCCUGACAGGGUCAGUGCUGCUCUCGGGCACGGCUGGGAGCAACGUCCAGGCAGAGGUGCUGCACAGCACCUCCUCUCCUCACAGUUCACCCAUCACAGCAGUCAGGGUAGGGCUGGCUGGCUUUGGGGCAGCACGAUUUUGCAGAAGAGCCCUGACUGCUGCUCUGCAAGUCCGCAGCUCUGAAAGAAUGCCAGGAUUUCCCUUUUGUAUACAGGCCUGCUGAGUUGAAAGGCUUUACUUCUUAGUUAUCACUGGAGGACAGGUCUCCCUCCUGCUGUCAGGCUGCCCAGGGUCUGCAGGGAACAUACCGGCGGGCAGAGAUCUCAACGGGGCCAACAGAACAGACCAACAAAAACUUUCCUUGAACAGAACAGAGUAUGGCUUAAAAUUAACUGAGACUAGCUGGUGGGUGAUGAGCAGGGCAGGGGGCUGGCAGUGGUGUUUGGAUGUCUACAAGCAAAUACUGGCAGCCAACACCCCGAGGUGCAGCCAAGAGAAGCCACAGCCAUUCAGGCCACUCAAGUUGAGAAAAAGCUGCAUACGUUCAAGCCACAUCCUCCCACGUGAAAUGCUGAAAUGCACACCCUGAAAGGAUGGAGAACUCAAACAGCUACAACAUCAGGUCCAAAGCAUGCUGACUUAGCCCUGGGUUAAGUUAGCCCUAUUCCUCUCUGCUCUAAAUGCCAAGGCAGGGGUGAGCACUUUGUUCCUUUAAAAUGAUGUUCAGUCAGACUGCAAACAGCACAAAGCACGAGAGCAGAGUGAAGUCCUUUCUGAAAUCCAGAGCUGCACUUCCACCCUCAUACUGCUCUCUACAAAAUAUCCCAUUGGCCCAAGGUAUUCCUCAUUAGAUUAGAUUAUGUGGCUACAUCUCGUUACAGAUCUGAUCAACACAGCCACAGGUUGACAUUUCAGCACCCAACAGCUUUUUCUAGCAGCUUGCAAGAUGACACAAAGUUCUGCCAUUCCCUCCCUACUUGACAAUCUCCCUUUUCUUCUGUGGUAUCUAACAGGGAAAAGUGAGCGCUGCUACAAGAGAGGUAGUAAGCAAAGUCUGGCUUUGCAGAGAUAAUCCUCCAACUGGUGUUCAUGUGGCAAUCAAAUGCCCUGAGUUCACAGUGGGAUACCCAUGGGGUACACCAUGCUGGAAUGGGGUCCUGCAGAGAUCCAGAGACCCCAUGAGUGCAGAAGGGCACGUGCUUAAUCCUACAGCCCCUUCAGAGAACAAACACAGGAAAGAACACCAGUGCUGCGUGCAGGAAGACCUUACAAAAUGGAGGAUGGGAAGGGUGAAGCACAUCCAGAAAAGCCUGAGUUGUUCAAACAGCUUCCACCAGAGCCUGGGAAUAAGAACCUCAGCCUCUUCUAUCAGAAACUUAGGGCAGCCUGUGGACGGCUCGUGGCAGGCAGCUGGCAUCACACAACACAGCUCUGAUUCAGAAGUGCAGCAUUGCACACAGGGACAGCACCCUGCAGGCACUCAAGGCCAGGUGGGAUGGUGCCCUGGGCAGGCUGAGCUGCUGGGGGGCAGCCCUGCCCACGGCUGAGGGUGGCCUUUGAGCUUCCCUCCAACCUGAGCCAUUCUAUGAUCUUCAACAGCAGUGCCUCCCAGUGCAGUAGGACAGGGCUGCUGCAGAGAGCUCAGGGCAAGGAGGAGCAGGAGACCCCUGUGAAAGCCUGGAGGAGGGCAGCGUGAGGAAGGAAGACCUGGGAGACCAACUGACAGCAGAGGGAGAGGGGAUGUGGCAUGGUCAUGGAGGGUGAUGGGUGGUAAAGGACUGGUGUAAAAAGGCUGCAAAAGAGCAGGGUUCCCAGCUAGCCCCUCCUGGAAGCACAAGAAUGAAAGUUCCAGCUCAGCUCAGAGUCUCUCCAUCCCUACACACCGCCCUGCAUGAAGGGAAAGGGAAGGCCCAGAGACAACACAGCUGAUGGAGACCUUCAGGCCCAGCAUGUGAUUACCAACAGAGCCUGGAUCAUUGCUGCCUGGGUCAGCUGGCUGGCAUCCUCCCUUUCACGGCCAAAGCAGAAGUGACAGCUGCAUCCUAAGGAGCUGCAGCCAAGUGAGCACUGUUCCAGUGGCCGGGGCCACAGCUCUGACCUGCCCAACGGUCCUCAGCCACCGGCUGUGUUCUCAUGCCCAGCUCAGCCUCCACAGGGGCCUGAGAUCUGCAUGGAGCCGAACACCCUGCACGAGCAAACCACUGCAACACCAAGAGUCGCUCUACGAUGGGAUCUCCCAACGCCCUGCACACCCUGGAGGAUCCUCCUGGCCCACCAAGGAAAGCUUUCAAUCCUUGUACACUGUUGCCUUUAGCAUUUUUUUUCUUUUUUUUUUUUUUUUCUUAAACAUGUUUU